UUUCAUAAAGGAGUGACACUUGACUAGCAGACCGUGCUAGCCGGAUGGGUAACGUCUCCACUGCAGUCAAGCACUGCCUGAGCUAUGAGAGUCUCUUGCGUGAUUACCCAUGGUUGCCUCGUCUCCUGUGGGAAGAGAAGUGUUAUGAACUGCCCAAGUUUCCACAUUUUGUCAAAAUUGUCGAGGUCGGGCCAAGAGAUGGACUUCAAAAUGAGAAGGAAAUUGUGCAGACGGAGGUCAAAAUCCAGCUGAUAGACAUGCUCUCUCAGACCGGCUUGGCUGUGAUCGAAGCUACUAGCUUUGUGUCUUCAAAGUGGGUUCCACAGAUGGCAGACCACACUGCAGUGCUGCAGGGCGUUAAAAGGUCUCUUGACGUAAGAUACCCUGUUCUGACGCCCAAUAUUCAGGGCUUCCAGGCAGCUGUUGCAGCAGGAGCGACUGAAGUGGCAGUGUUUGGUUCUGCUUCUGAGAUGUUCUGCAGGAAAAACAUCAACUGCUCCAUAGAGGAGAGUUUGCAGAGGUUCGAGCAGGUCAUCUCUGCAGCCAAACAGGAGGGGAUACCAGUGCGGGGGUACGUUUCCUGUGCUCUUGGCUGCCCAUAUGAGGGACAAGUAAAACCAUCACAAGUCACAAAGGUGGCAAAGCACUUGUUUGAGCUGGGCUGUUAUGAGGUGUCCCUGGGGGACACCAUUGGCGUGGGUACUGCAGGCUGCAUGGCCAAGAUGCUGAGUGACGUGAUGACAGCGGUGCCCGUGAGCGCACUGGCAGUGCACUGCCACGACACCUACGGUCAAGCGCUGCCCAAUAUUCUUAUUGCAUUGCAGAUGGGGGUUUCUGUGGUUGACUCUUCAGUUGCAGGCCUGGGAGGCUGCCCGUAUGCCAAGGGAGCGUCUGGCAAUGUUUCUACAGAAGAUGUUCUAUAUAUGCUACAUGGCCUUGGAAUUGAAACUGGGGUGGAUCUGCUGAAAGUGAUGGAGGCAGGGGAGUUCAUCUGCCGAGCCUUAAACCGAACAACUAACUCCAAGGUCACCCAGGCCACUAGGAAUACUUAGGUGUUUCUUUCUUUGAAGAUACAGUGAGGACCAAAAAUCAGUGAGGACUACAUAGAAAAUCUGUUUUUCAUUCAAGACUUUAAUUUAAUGUUCCCUUUUUAAAGGGUUUAUAAAUGGGUUCAUUAAUG